AUGCUGCUCGCGCCAACAACCCGAAUUGGGCUGUCUCAGGCAGACAUGAGAGACUUUCAAAGCAGAUACGAAGCGCGACACUCCCUUCAUCAGACACAAGUCAAACUCGGUGGUCUGCGACUCCGCUCGACCUCAAGCCGUUCAAUGCGCGCAAGCAUCACAAAAGCAUACGACAAUGAUGGCCAGACACGAGCGGACUCGUGUUCGUCGGAAGCCACGAUUUGCAGCGACGAUGAUGGGACUUGCAUUCCACUAACUCGCUCACCACCACUUCAACACGACCGCUUCGACAUGGACGAUACCUACAACAAUCCACUGCUUGACCCUGGCGCUCCAGUAUUCGUGUCGAGAACGCGAUUCGGAUCUUCGAGUCGCUCAACGGCUCAGAAUGUCGACUGCUACCCACCAUUCCGGCGCCCAUUGUGUCCACAACGUACCAGUUCUCGCCGGCAUCUGGACACAUAUGAGCGCAACCUCAGAUCGCACAACGAUUUGCGAACAGAGUCCAGCCAUAGAUCGAGCCCAAACCUGCUCCUCCCUCGGUCGCCGACGCUCUAUCAUGAACCUCGUAUUCGGACUCGCAGCAGUUCGCUGACAUGGGAUCGUCACCAAGAGAAUGAACGCCAGGUUCCAAGGAUGGUCAGCGUCGCCAAUAGGGUCAGCACUUCAUCAUCAGCGGAAGUGCCACUGGAUGUGUUGUCUCGUGAUUCACCUCUGGAUGAGCUGAGCCAGCAGCUGGGACGUAUGGCUUCCAGCACACACCACUCAAGGUCGGUGGAGAGACCAUGGGAACAUACGCCAGGUCGAAACAGGAUUGCAUUGCUCUCUGGUAACCUCUUCCAGUUGAACAGCCAAUCUGACAUGACCAACAUCGUGCCCGAGGACCUUUCUUAUCGACCACUAUCGCCUGCAUUUAGAGAUGUCGUGAAGCCUGAUGAACGGCGAGAUUCGAUCAUGGAUCCUGGAACACUCUACGAGCUCUCCCUCGCGCUACCAUCGCCUCAUAUACAACAGUCAUCGCCUGUCUCCGCCAGCUCUAGGUCGCCGCCUUUGACGCCGUCGCAGGCCUGGCUUGAUCGGGCAUCGUCCUCGUCAAUGCUGGAUAGCACACCUCUGGUUGCUCCCCAUCUGGUAGUCUACGAUGACUCUCUGCCGUCCGCGCAACAGCCGCAAACUCCGGCUGAUUUAGCAAGAUCUACAGCACGACCACACCGACCAUCACCAAGUGUUGCUCGCCGAAUCGACGACGUUCGACGAAUCGACCAACAGCUGGCCAGUAAUCUACCCAGAGAUCGACAGACAUCUCCUCUACAGAAUACAAGCAGCAGUUCCCCACCACGGCCAAUAAUGUCUUUACAAUCAGCUCGGCGCACACUGCUGCCCGAGCAUCGAUCUUCGCCAUUACAGCAUAGCUCGACUCCCGUUCAGCCACAGCAACGGGUUUCGCCACGACAGCAGAGUGCCACGCCCUUGCUGCGUAGGACACACCGGUACAGCAGAAGUGGCAACAGUGAGAAUGACGUGGAAUCAGCUCUGGAGACGGUGGAGGAAGACCGACGUAUGUGGACCAUUCGACGCGAACAUGGUGGAUUGGAGGUGACGCCACCUGCGGAAGGCAGAUAUGAGAGAUAUUUUUCAUGA